AUCUUGCAACCAAACGUCAAACCGAUGGCGGACAAGGUCAACGGACGGAGCACAUGCAGGGCAUCCAUGUUUCUUGUGGAGGAGAUGAGUGGCGGAAAAGGUCGGGGCCUUUGAUGAACAGCAUCUGUCAAGCUGCGGAGCUGCACAGACGCAUCUUUUGGGUGAGAUCUGAGAUCGGGAGGAGCGAAUUGUGGGACCUGAUCGUUCCAUCUGAACCUGUGCACAAGGAAUUAAAUUUCAAAGAAUGAUUAGCUUAGAAGCGUAACACUGUGAAAGCUCGGGCUAACCAAUGAAAUCCGGAGCCGAAGCAUCGGAUGAACGUGGAGAUGGAGUACGACCGGGGUUAAAUUAAUUGCAGGAAAAGUAAAAGUUGCGCGGAGUAGAACUCUGUGCGCAGGAUGCAUCCCGCUUCUUCGGUACGAGCACCGAAGAAGUCAGCACGAAAAGCUCUCGAGAUCCUUGACGAGGGCGAGUCCUGUUGAAAAGAUCCUCGAUGGGCCCGGAUCAUCAAAUGUGGGAGUGAAAGCUGGUGGCUGCCGUGACUCAACAGUUCUCGGAGCCUGGAACGAGAGGAACGAGGGAGGCAGGGAGGCAGGGAGCGGCCGAUGGAGUCGCCCGCCCCAUAAGAUCGGAGCGCGCAGGCAAUUCGCGGGUUGGCAGGAGCUGGUGUGACGAGUACUUCCCUGUGGACUCGCCGGCAGGCAGGAGACGUCCUCGUCGAUGUCGGCAGACUGAAGCCCGAGGUGAAGGAGCGUCCAGCAGCUGCUUGCCUCUGAGCCGCACCCACCAAGACGAUUGCCGAAUUAUGGAAGAUGUCGGCAGGGAGAAUUUUCUAAGUAAAGUGCAAAAAUACAGCGUCCGAUGCUUGACGGUAUGAGCCUUGGGAACGUGAAUUUCUCGCUCUAAACGCUCGCAGAAGCUUAAGCCUAAGCCUUUACUUCCUAGUUCUUUGGGGUCCCGGGUUCAAAUGGAACGUGGACGGCAGAUUUUCCUGAGCAGAGUUCAGCCUAGUCUUCAACAAUGUAUGCUGUAUGAAGACCCUGAUGCUCAAGAAGCUGCCAGGAGGACGGUCAAUCGCGAUGCGCUUGACGAAAAGGCUCUGAUAUCAUUAGCCAAGGAGGGUAAGUUUACACCUACCAAGGACGAGAUCGAACAUGCAUUCCUGUACCAACUAUUAUUGUGGUUCAAGAAAUCUUUCAGAUGGGUCAAUCAACCAGAGUGCUCAAACUGCGGGUCUCCCACGAUUGGAACUGGAGGCACCGUCCCAAAUGCUGAGGAGAGUCGAUAUAUGUGUGACAAGGUGGAGCUCUUCAGAUGUCCAAGUUGCUACAAAGAUACUCGCUUUCCAAGAUACAAUGAUCCCAGAAAGCUCUUAGAGACGAGAAGUGGCCGAUGUGGUGAAUGGGCUAAUUGCUUCACCCUAUAUUGUAGAGCAUUUGGCUACAAAUCUAGGCUGGUACUCUCGUUUCAAGAUCAUGUCUGGACUGAGUGCUAUGUGACAUUAUUUCAACGGUGGGUGCAUUUAGACCCAUGCGAAGGUAUUAUGGACAGGCCACUGCUAUAUGAAGAGGGAUGGAAGAAAAUUAUUGACUAUAUUAUUGCGCUAUCAUACAACGGAGUUCAUGACGUUACCCAGCGUUACACCAGAAAAUGGCCUGAGGUUCUUACCAGGAGAACUAUCACAACAGAAGAAAACGUCAAGGAAGUUCUUAUGUUUCUGACUAUGCAAUGUAGAGCUGAUCUGCCUCCUGCCGAGUGGGAGGAACUCAUGGCAUUGGAUCAGAUAGAAGAGGAGGAGAUUGCAAGAUCUUCUAGAGCAGAACCUGCAGAUGUAGAGAGCUUGCCAGGAAGACUUAGCGGUAAUGAGGAGUGGCGUACUUUACGUGGGGAAAUGGGAAACCUGCAACAACCUGCUCCUUUGACAAAGGAGUGUCCUGUGCGAAAGUGUUAUGAUGAACAUGUGACAUUGAUCAAAGAAUCAGUCGGUUCACUUUGUUCAGAUAUUAUUGAAGCCGAGGACUCAGUUUUCAAAGUAGUGAUCGGGUUGAAGGCAUUGCAUGCAUUUCUUUUCAGGCUGCAUUCCCAGCCCUUUCGCACGCGUGAACUUCAACUAAAUUCAGCAGUCGAAAUAGCAUGGCUUGGUCAUGCUAAUGACGAAACAAUCGCCUUACUACUUAAGUCCCUAGGUCUUGCAUGGACUCUCAAAGAAGAUGGACUGUUCUGGAUAUCUAUAGAUGGAAAUCCAGUACACGCUGCAGUAUCUUUACCAGUUGCGCUUGCGCUUCUAGAUAAGUUAACCAAAGAGCACCCCAGUGAAUUAACCGUAAAAUGGCUUGUGCAUGGUAUCAGACUGUGCAAGGGAGAAGCUGUUGCAAGCGGAGAGGAGCUUCCUGCUGGUAUUUCUUCUGCGGCCUUUGAUGGUUUAAUGUUAAGUAAAUGGGAGGAACCAGAAGGAGCGAAAGGUGCCUGGAUAAUAUAUCAUCUGCCGAAACAAAUGUCUCAUACACUUGCUGCAUACGAAAUCACAUCAGCCGAUGAUUGUCCGGAAAGAGACCCUUAUGACUGGGUAUUGGAAGGGAGCAACGACAAUGGAAUAUCGUGGAAGGAACUCAAUUCACAACAAGGUCAAAUUUUUGAGGAGCGCUUUCUCAGUAAAACAUUUGAGAUCCUCCCACAAAAUCAUUUUCUCUGUAACUCUUUCAGACUACGAGUUACCGCAGUGAAGGACUCUAGUAAACAAAAUCGGUUGCAGAUCGCAUGCAUUGAUUUCAUAGCUUUGAAGCCUUGAAAAGUCAAUGACGUCGGAUGCCCUUUACUUACAACUGAAGUUCUAUUGGAGUCGCACGGAUUUUAGAGUAGUUCAUCCAGCCUCGGUGCUUAGAAGGACAUAGGAAACCCAGAGUUUAUCAUAUCCUCACUCAUCCACUGAUCCAUGGGUCACACGUCUUCGUGAUCUAUCACAUAUUAUGGGACCUUACCUUUAGUACGAUGUACAGAGUGAACAUGUGUUGGUUGGAGGAGGAGCUUGCUUUCUGUAUGCAAUUUCAAUUCGACUGGAAGAUGGAGAGAAAAGUAUUAUAGAGUAGGAUCAGAAGACAACGUUUACACUCCUCCGGUGUCCUACUCUGUUGAAAGCCUUCAGCAAUGAAGUGAUCGCACUGUGGAUUUUCUUUGUAUGAUCUUCUAUAAAACGAUGUGAGGAAUUAAUGGAAAUAGUAAAGUUUCAUGCUAAUCAG